CAUCGAAGGCGUUUUUGUUGUUUCAAACCACAAACCUCUGCUGUGCCGAAACUGCCCGACCGUAAAAAGUGCAUUUAACCAAACCCAAUCAGCGACCAAUUCACGAGUUUCGAUCGUUCUGCAGAUCCCGUGUGACCAUGGCCAAGAUACGAACGCUGGUGCCGGAGCUGGCCGAGGUGGCUCGAUCGCAGCUCGGUGAGGAGUCCUCGAAGAUGGUCGCCAAGAUCGAGGCCCUGCGCACCUGGAUCGCGGAGCAGAGUUACCUGGAGGCGCGGACCGACGAUCAGUUCCUGGUGGCCUUCCUGCGAUUCUGCCACUGGGAUGUGGAGGUGGCCAAAAAGCGGGUGCUCUUCUACUACACCUACAAGUCCAAGGAGCGCGAGCUGCUCAAAGGUCGCCUGGUGGACGAUAAGCUGAUGGAACUGGCUCGCUCAGGAAUCUUCGCCACACUACCCAACCCCAUUGGCCCUGGUGGCCCCCGCAUCCACUUCACACGCAUGGGUCACAUCGAGCCUUCCAAACACAGUGUCACCGAGAUUUUCCGCUUCCACGCCUUCCGCGCCGAAAUCGAGCUCAACACGGACGACAACUGGAACGUGUCCGGCGUGGUGGAGAUCAUGGACUUCACCAAGAUCCCCUACUCCCUGGUGCUGCAGUUCGAUCCGGGCAUGUUCAAGCGGAUGAAUGCAUUUCUAGAGCAUGGUAUUCCAGCGAAUUUAGUGGCCACCCACAUUGUAAAUGCCUCCAGGGAGACACAGUUUGUGCUGGGUCUCAUCCGGAAUGUAAUGAAGCAGAAGGAGCUGCUGCACAUCCACUCCAACCUCGAGUCCCUGCAAAAAGCCAUCGGCAAGGAGUAUCUGCCCGUCGAAAUGGGCGGCGAGAAUGGCACCCUCGCGGAUGCGGUGUCGCGCUACGAGACCCAGUUGACCGGCUUCUCCACGUACUUCAAGGAAGACGAGCGGUAUGGCGUGGACGAGAAACUGCGGGCGGCCAGCGAGAAGGAGCAGGCUCCAUUGGUUUCCGGCCUUCCCAGCGAUGGAACCUUCCGCAAACUGAACUUCGAUUGAGGCGUUGACACCGGGCAGAGCUAGUUGUAUAUUCUGAUGCACAUCCUAUAUGUACGCCCCUCCAAUAACACACAGCCCUCUAAACCUACAUAUAUAUACACGGAAAUGUAUAGAUAGUACAGCGCUAUAGCGAUCUUUGGUCAUAGCAUAACCUGAUAUUUUAUAAUUGCAACCAUAAAAAAAAGAGAGAAACAUCGAAACUAAAAGCAAAUUGAACAAUAUGAUAGAACAGUGCACACUAAAAUGAAAUAUGUAGGAUGAAAAUGGAACGCCAUCGAAUGGCACAAAAACCUCACAUUAAUGUCGAUUUUAAUUUAUUGUUGUCCUUAUCAACGCACAUACUUAAACACAUUCUAACGUCCGGUCGCGAGGGGUGUACAGCACAUACAAGCUAUAUACCCGAACGACUUAUCCUACCAUGAUCCCAUAAUGCAUUUUCGUGAUGAAAUCUUCAACGUCUUCUACUUGCGUGCUAAGUUGUUGUUGGCUUUUAUUUAAUCGCAUACUUUUAUACAUACGGUUCAUGAAUAUAUAUAUAUAUACAUGUAUUUUCUAUAUUUUUUUCCAUUGGUUAAGUGUCGUUUCUACUAAUUUUUGAUACUAGUUUACACAUAUAUACAUGCAUCUAUAUUUAUGGAUAAUACAUACAUAGUUAAAUGACUACAGUUAAAAGUGACAAUGUAUUGUAGAUCCCAUGUUGAGUGCGUUAAUAAAUUAAAGCGAAUUUGUUUAAAUGUCGGUACAACUAAAA